GGGUCGGCGGGGUGCGGGUCCGGGCGCUCGGUGUGUUAUUCCGGGCGGCGUUCCCGGUAGCAUUCCCGGUGGUAUCCCCUGCCGCCAUGGAGCUCUUCUGCCAGGCGCUGAGAACCACCCGCCAGGCGAGGGAAGCGAGGCUACAUUUAGAUGCUGUUUACAGCAAUAAAGAGAAUAUUACAUUUGAUCUAGAGUUCUGUCUUAAUUCACAGGAGGAGAUGCGAACAGAAGCUCGUCGGAAAAAUCUCCUCAUUCUAAUUUUGCAUUAUUUAAUUGAGGAAGGAUAUGUUGAUGCUGCAAAUGCCCUGGAGCAAGAGACAAAAUUGGGUUUACGUGGCUUUGAAGUUUGUGACAACAUUGAUCUUGAGACAAUUUUGAUGGAAUAUGAAAGCUACUAUUUUGUAAAAUUUCAAAAGUAUCCUAAAAUUACCAAAAAGGUCCUGGACACCGCAGAAAAUAAACAACAGCUGAGAAGUGGGGGAAGAGCAAAAAGGACAGCAAGUUCUUCUCAGAAUGUACCAAGGGUCAAACAACAGACAGUGCAACGAGCAGUGUCAAAAACUUCACCUGGGAGUACAACAGAACCUAAAUCCUCCACCAAAGGGAGCCCCAGACAGAAUAGUGAUGGUGCAGAUACUCUAGAUCAAUCUGACUUUGGUUUAAGCAUCUCAGGAAUCAGCAAAACUGGAGUGGACAGCUCUCACCCAAGAAAGGGCCAAAUAAUUGACUUCCACAAGAUGAUUCAGGAUGCUGUCAGAGUGUCACCAGAUGGAAUUCCCUUGAACAGCCUUAAUUAUGAUCCAGACCCAUCAGAACGAUUAUUGAAACCACUUAGUGCUUUUAUUGGCAUGACUGGUGAGAUGAGGGAACUUGCAAUGGUUGUAAGCAAAGACAUUUAUCUCCAUAAGCCGAACGUGAAGUGGGAUGAUAUUAUAGGAUUGGAUGCAGCUAAAAGGCUGGUCAAGGAAGCAGUUGUUUACCCCAUAAAGUAUCCAGAGCUGUUUACUGGCAUUCUGUCCCCUUGGAAAGGUUUAUUGCUGUAUGGACCACCAGGUACUGGAAAAACUCUGCUUGCUAAGGCUGUUGCCACAGAAUGCAAUACAACCUUUUUCAACAUAUCGGCAUCCACCAUUGUCAGCAAAUGGAGGGGUGACUCAGAAAAACUUGUCCGGGUGUUGUUUGAGCUCGCCCGGUACCAUGCUCCUUCCACAAUUUUCUUGGAUGAGCUGGAGUCAGUUAUGAGUCAAAGAGGCACUGCUCCUGGUGGUGAACAUGAAGGAAGUCGGCGGAUGAAAACAGAAUUACUGGUGCAGAUGGAUGGCUUGGCCCAAUCUGAUGAUCUUGUAUUUGUUUUAGCAGCUUCCAAUCUGCCAUGCUACAGGCAAGGAUCUUGCUGUCAAAGCCACGUCUCCACUCCGAGAUGCGCUGAGACACUCUCCUCCUCUGCUUGCAGGGAGCUAGACUCUGCCAUGCUGCGGCGGCUGGAGAAGAGGAUUCUGGUUGACCUGCCCAGUGAAGAGGCACGGCGAGUGAUGAUCCAGCACUGGCUGCCCCCUCUGAGCAACAGCGGCGGGGUGAAGCUGAGGACGGAUCUGGACUACAGCCUGCUGAGCCAGGAAACGAAUGGAUACUCUGGCUCAGACAUAAAACUCGUGUGCAAGGAGGCAGCCAUGAGACCAGUGAGGAAAAUCUUCGAUGCUCUUGAAAAUCAUCAGCCAGGUAACAGUAACUUGCCCAUGAUCCAACUGGAUACAAUCACAACAGCCGAUUUCCUGGAUGUGAUCACCCACACCAAGCCAUCAGCAAAGAAUCUAAGCCAGAAGUACACGGCUUGGCAGAGAGAAUUUGAGUCAGUCUGACAGAAAAAAACAAACCAACCCCAAAAUCGAAAACCUCCCAAGCCUUUUGCUAUCCAAAGUGGCCUCCAAAGGAUCAAAUGGCGAUGGGGAAGGAAGUGAUGUUGUUUCAAGGAACACAAAACGCAGUGACAAGUGUCAGAGGGAAAUCUUUACUUUCAAAAUGCAAGGGUGGGUGAAGGGGUGGUGGUUAUUCUUUAUUAAUGACCAUUCAAAAAGUGUUCUUGGAAUUCAUGUGAUGGCAGCUCCUAUGCAUCAAAGCCUCUAGCCUUAAUUUUAUGUAUAAAGACUUAAAAGAUUGA